CUGGAGUAACUCUCGUCUCCAAUACCGGUUCGUUCUUUAUGACGUUUAUAAUCCAAGUCGCACGCCUUUGAACAGGAACACGAGUCAAUCGAUUUCGCCAACCACCAUACCAACCCUUCACACAACAAUAUGGCAAUAUGGAGUCGAGAAAUAUCAUUUAGAGACCCGUCCGCAAUAUCCUUCAACAACGAUGCGAAUUUCGAUGGGAUGGUCGAUUUUGAAGGACAAGCGGUGGGGGUCAAUCAAACGGACCAACUUAUCAAAGGUCUAGUCCUUGAGAGAGUAAAGUCAGUACGGACAACGCGCGUUGGGGUGGGCAUCUUUGCCUUGGUGAUGACAAUCAUUCUGAUCGGGAAAAUACUGGUCGAGGGGUAUGGAGUGUCGAAGUUGGAGGUGAAGCUGCGACCAAAAAUCCUUCGCAAUGUCAACCCCGCAGUGAACGUCUUCCUUAUUCUUGGGGUUUCUCUGGCAAUGCAGAACAUCGUGUUCAUUGCUAUCCAAUCCGCUUCAUUAGACAGUAUUGAAGUAAAUGGAUGCUCGAAGACAGUGCAAAUCAUCUUCCCGAUCGCCUUUCUAUCCGGUUACGUUCAUCUCGUAUUCGGCGUCGAGACCACCAUCCGCUCGCUCAAGUAUAUGAAGUUUAUGCCGCGCAGCCGACGAAAUACGCCGUUCUGCCUUGUCGCGAUAUCAAGUCUCCUACUCGCAACCUGGCUCCCCACCGCUCUAUGGAAAAUUCCGGAUGUCUGCCUUGGAGAUAUCCUCUUCAGAACUGUCCCUUUCAACUUGAUUGGGCUGGUCGUUCUGUCAUUUGAGGUGGUUGCAUUUGCCUUGAUGAUUGCAGUCAUCGCCAUCCAACUCAAACGGGUGUCGGAUAUCGAACCUAGCCAAAGGGUUGCCGCAUCAAGGAUGGUUUUCCGAUUAUUCUGGUCGAUUUGCCUCAAUGUUCUGGUACUCCCCUUUUUCAUCCAGGCAAAGUUGAUGACAUUCGACAACUUUAUGACUACAUCUGGUCUUGGUGACUUCGCACUGCUGGGAAACGGUGUUUUCAUUACGUUCGAAUAUUUCGUCUACCGAAUGCACCCGAACUGGGGAGUGAUCCAGGCAAAAGACUCCGCAUAUUUUGCUCGUAAAGGCUUCAGGGGAGCUGGUGGUGCUGGGAGCCUGGACUUGCGCAAGAUCAGCCCACCGUUGAAUCAGCCUUAUUUGAGAGCUACGCAGUCUCUCUUCUACUUCAGGGACUCUGAGAAGGCCUUGGAGAAACGUGCAGUGCAGUCAUCCCCGAGUACAGCUACCCCUUCUGCGCCAAUCUCGCAAAGAACUGCGACCGCAAUACCUCUUACCUCCCCUUCACGCCCUAAUUCCGCUACAGUCCCUCUUCUGCCACCCACUCCCGUGUUCAUCCCAGCAUCAGCAACCCAAUCCUCAUUUCCUCGAACUCCAACCCACAAACGCAAACCGAGCUAUUCACUCUUCCCUCAAAAUGAUAGCCCGCGUCUCCCUGCCACUGUCUACUCUCCCGCAGCAAAGGGGCUGGCCAGUCUAAUGCAGUCCGUCUCAUCCCUGAAAAAGAAUCAGUCUGCGUCCCUGACUUCCGCUUCCCCAUUUUCGCCAACGACAGCUACUUCCAUGGCUCGAAACGCACCUUCUGUCACUGAUGUGAGCGAAGUUGCGACGCUGAUGGCUUUGGACGGACCGUCCGCCCCUUUCACUCGAGAGCAUAGGCGGUUUAGCAGUUCUGGGAGUAGCGCGACCGUACAAAUCGGUCUGCGUUUCUCUGUUGCGCCGGAAGCGAUCGCAGCAGGCAACUCAAGCGCUUCCAAACGUGUUCUAGAUCCUUCGGAGAUGCCUUCGCCACUUCGAAGAGAAUUGAGUGGCUCUAAAAGGACUCAAUCGACUGGUUUACAGUCCCAGACUGACGGGGCCACGUCCUCAAAUCUUAUCUCUACACCUCAACUAUCAUCCUCCAGCUCUCUCUUGCUACCGAUUACCGCACCAGCAAAUACUCCUGAACCAGCUGACAGCUGCCUUCCCUCAACUGCGACCAAACCCAAGCUCACAGUGACUAUUCCACAACCAUUUGUCAACAAGAACCUCCCUCCAACUCCUCGAGCCAAAGUAUUGCGCAUGAACCCUGUUUCGUCGCUUACACCACAGCUGGCGAGGACUCGCACGCCAUCCCCAAAGCCAGGAGUACGUGGUGAGAUCGGAUUGGCUUUUCCGCUGGGUGGCGGAGGGGGAAACGUGCCUCCAGCCCCGGGCUGGAUCUAGAGCAAACUACUACAGCGUAGACCACGAUCUUUGAUGCGUGUAUUCCUUUCUUUACACAGGCAUGUGUCAUAGCAGCCCAUUGUUCUCUUUUUCAUUGGCCUCUUGAGUCAAUUAGAUGCUACGAUAUCAUAUCUUCUUACGACUUCCUUUCUCGUGAAAGCCAACUUAUCUCUGGGUGGCUUUCACAGGGGUACAUUAUACUCUUAAGAGAAACAAAAGCUUUCUCUUCCUGUCUCUCGUUCAUCCCGUGUCUUGCCUGGCGGACUUGGCGCUUGGGUCCCUAUAUCUGAAAGCAGAGCAGUUUCGACUGUACGAUCAUGUCCACUGUCGGACAAUUCUCUCGUGGGUAGCUUCAGAUACAUGUGUAUAAAUAGCACAGCAGAAACAACAAGACGAUUUG